CACCUCCAUCCCCCCUCCAUCCUUGUUUCAGCCCGCCCUCACAGCAUCCGUACACAACAGUGUGCUGUCUCUGUUCCAGGGAGAAUAUCAGCUCCGCACAGGGAGGAGAGGAUUAGCUCAGGCAUUCAUCUCAUCUGCAUUUACGUUCAUGAGCAUCCAAGGCUGCACCUCUUUUGUAUAAAACCUGGCGCUGCAAUCCCAGAGGCUCCACUUCAUCGGCUGUCACUGCUGUGAGAGGAUCCACAGACCAACAUUAUUUGCAGACUUUCGUUACUAUUUUAAAUGACUGAUUUGUUCUUAGCGAUGUUGGUAUUUAACUGGACCAAUGCAAGUAACAUUAUAUGACAUGUUCUUGCUUUGAGCACCAAGGAGUUUCUUCUUUCGUCCUUUUUUUUGGGAGGUUGUUUUUUUGCACUUUUUAAAUCUGUUUUGGGACAUUGAACCUCCAGAAUGCCAUCCAAAGAGUCCUACGAUGCCCUGAAGAAAGAGAAGCCUUUAGUGCAAAAGGCCAAACGAGAAGCCAAUCAGGAAGAUAUUCUGGCGGCAGCUCUGGGGAUGAGGAUGGGGCCACAGAAACCUUCAGCCACUUUCUGGCAGCCACUUAAACUCUUAGCCUACUCUCAGCUCUCCUCACUGGUUCGCAGAGCUACUCUGAAGGAGAGCGACCGGACUCCCAAAUCUGAAAAGGUCCACAACUUCAAGGUCCACACCUUCCGGGGGCCUCACUGGUGUGAACACUGUGCCAGAUUCAUGUGGGGACUGAUGGCUCAGGGGGCCAAAUGUGCAGAUUGUGGUAUGAAUGUUCAUAAAGAGUGCUCGGCUCUGGUACCAAACGACUGCAAGCCCGACCUGAGACACGUCCGUAAGGUGUACAGCUGUGACCUGACAACCCUGGUGAAAGCUUAUAACACAGCCCGGCCCAUGGUUGUGGACAUGUGCAUCCGAGAGAUUGAGUCCAGAGGACUCAAAUCAGAAGGCCUCUACAGAAUAUCAGGAUUCAGUGAUUCGGUGGAAGAAGUCAAGAUGGGUUUUGAUAAAGAUGGCGAGAAGACAGACAUCUCAGCGAACGCCUAUGAAGACAUCAACAUCAUCACGAGUGCACUGAAACUGUACCUCAGGGAUUUACCAGUUCCCAUCAUCGCAUAUGAAGCUUACCCUCAGUUCAUCGAGGCUGCAAAGCUCACAGAUCCAGAGAAGAAGCUGGAAGCUUUCCGCGUGGCUCUCGCUUUGCUGCCACAAUCCCACAAAGAAACCCUGAAGUACCUCAUGUCCCAUUUAAAACGGGUGACACAGAAUGAGAAAUUCAAUCUGAUGAAUGCUGAGAACCUCGGUAUUGUUUUCGGGCCGACCCUCAUGCGUGCACCCAACCAGGACGCCAUGACAGCUCUGAAUGACAUCCGCUUCCAGAGGCAGGUGGUGGAGGUGCUCAUCAAGAACGAAGAGGUGCUCUUCUAAACGUAUAAGGACUUUUGUACAACCGCACGCUAACCGUUCCUUUGGACUCUUUGAAGUACUUUUUGAAAGGCCGCGUGUAUGGACUAGAGCAGAUCUAACAUCUGCCCCUCCCCUCGUCCGACUCUAGGUGUGGAAGAGUUUUUUUUUUUUUACAUAAUCGAUGGCUCCCCAUUUUUGUCGGGGGAUUUUCUCAAGCUGACGUGUGUAUGACGUAGACUCACUUAGCAUGUGUUGAGACUGUGUAGCGUUGUACUUUUCCUGUCACAUCUGUAGUAGUUUUGGUAUACACUCCCUGCUGCCUGCUGUGCGGCUAUUUCUGUGAAACUUUGUAUAUCUGGCUGUGAAAAUAAGCUACUGAUUUUUCUGGGGUUAUUUUUAUGAUGCUGUAUUUUUUUACCUUCUUAGUUUGUUACUAUAGUUUUGUCACGUGAACGUUAGGUGAACAAACCUUUCCUUUUUUAUGCACUGAUGAUUGUUUUUUGCCUGAUAGUGACAUUUUUACUGUUAUAAACACUUUUACUUGUGACAUUAAUUUUGUACUGUAAUGUUUUUGUACACAACUUGUGCAUGAUUAAUUUAUUAAACCCUGAUUUGAGAAACUG